AUGCGACUGGAUUGUUUCCGGAGUCCUAUCGCCGAGUACGGGGUNGUCAGACCUCGCUUGGAGUUCGCGAGUGCCGCGGCAUAUCCCUAUACAACUGCUGAAAUGGUGAAACUGGAGAGAGUCCAACGAGCUGCCACCCGUAUGAUUGACGGGUUACGCUGGUGUUGCUACACCGAACGAUUGCAUGCGACUGGAUUGUUUCCGGAGUCAUAUCGCCGAGUACGGGGUGAUAUCAUCUGUGUGCGACGCAUUCUUCACGGUGACAUGGGUUCAGAGUUCAUGGAGUAUUUACCUCUGCGCGAGCAGACCAGGACUCGUGGACAUGGACUUACGCUGUUGAAGCUUUCGUCCGUAGGAUUACCUCUUCGGUUUCGGCUAUCGCGAAGGGUAACCAACCUUUGGAACUCCCUUCCAGCUGACGUGAUGGAAGAGGUCAAUGAUAAGAUGUUCAAGAGGAAGCUCGACAGCGUCCUGCGCACAAUGUGGUAUGCAGAUCUAUCAUGA